AUGCCUGCGAGCACCAUCGUCCCCAAGAGCCACGUCGGUUUCGACAGCAUCACGUCUCAGAUCGAGAAGAAGCUGUUGAAGCGGGGUUUCCAGUUCAAUGUCAUCUGCGUUGGCCAGACCGGUCUGGGAAAGUCGACCCUGAUCAACACCAUCUUCGCUUCGCACCUCAUCGACUCCAAGGGUCGUCUGCAGCCCGAGGAGCCCAUCCGCUCCACCACCGAGAUCCAGGCCGUGUCCCACAUCAUCGAGGAGAACGGCGUCCGGCUGAGGCUCAACAUUGUCGACACCCCCGGCUAUGGCGACCUUGUCAACAACGACCGAUGCUGGGACCCCAUUGUCAAGUACAUCAAGGACCAGCACUCUGCGUACCUGCGAAAGGAGCUCACUGCUCAGCGCGAGCGCUACAUCCAGGACACUCGCAUCCACUGCUGCCUGUUCUUCAUCCAGCCUUCCGGCCACUCCCUGAAGCCUAUUGACAUUGUUGUCCUGAAGAAGCUCUCGGACGUAGUCAAUGUCGUGCCUGUCAUCGCCAAGGCAGAUACCCUCACUGUCGAGGAGCGCCGCGACUUCAAGGAGCGCAUCAAGGAGGAGUUUGCCUUCCACAACCUCAAGAUGUUCCCGUAUGACAACGAGGAGUUUGACGACGAGGAGCGCGCUCUGAAUGGCCAGAUCAAGAGCCUCGUGCCCUUCGCCGUUGUUGGGUCGGAGAAGUCCAUCAUUGUCGACGGCAAGCAGGUCCGCGGCCGCCAGAACCGAUGGGGCGUCAUCAACGUUGAGGACGAGAACCACUGCGAAUUUGUCUACCUGCGCAACUUCCUGCUGCGAACCCACCUCCAGGAUCUCAUCGAGACGACCUCUCAGACUCACUACGAGACCUUCCGUGCCAAGCAGCUGCUGGCCCUGAAGGAGAGCAGCGCACACGGCGGUGGUGCUAGCAGCCGACCCAUCAGCCCUGCCGCUGACCGGGAGCUGAGCCGCAACUCGCAACGAAUGGCCAUGAACGGGUACUAG